AUGGCCUCCAAUGCCGUCGAUCAUCCCAGUCCCGCCGGCUCCGUCGCUUCGUCGAUGACCCCCGGCCUAAAUCACAACAAAAAGCGUAGUGCCCCCCAUCAGCAACUCAGCCCGCCAGGCUCCGGCAAUACCGACUCCCACACUCCGGCCGGCGCCGGCGCCGGCGCCUCGCCUACUUCUCAGCCACCCGAUGACACGAACAAGAAACGUCGCGCCGGUCCCGGCUCCAGGGGCGUUGCCAACCUGACUCCCGAGCAGCUAGCCAAGAAGCGCGCAAACGACAGGGAAGCCCAGCGAGCCAUCCGGGAGCGCACCAAGAAUCAGAUCGAGGCUCUUGAGCGCCGCAUCCAAGAAUUGACCUCGCAGCAGCCCUACCAGGACCUGCAAGCCGUCCAGAGGGCCAAAGAGGCCGUCGAGGCUGAGAAUGCCGACUUGAAACGCCGCCUGGCGACCUUCAUCGCCUCCAUUCAACCGCUGAUUUCUUCUUCUCCGCCAGCUCAUCGUGAGUCGUCACGCCUCGCCAGCCCGUCAGCUCGACACCCUCCUAACCGAUCUACAGCCCCAGUAGAAUCUCAUCCAGUCUUCCCUUCCCCUAGCGGAAGCUACUCGCAGGUCCACCAGCCCAACGGCGGUGGCGGCGUCUGCGCCAACAACGUAUCCACACCCAACAGCGCCGCCUCGCCAGCCUCCAUCGAUCCCACUGCCGGCUGGCAGGCGACGCCGGGAAGCGUUGUCCCGGACCUGUCCUCGCCCAACCACAUGUUCGCCGCGAGCAAGAUGCUGAAUCAGCAGCGGCAAGAUCUUCGUCACGGGCUCGACCUCGGUCCGGAGAAGCUGGGCCUGGACUUCCUCCUCGACCAAAAUGCUCACAUUGGCAAGAUCCAGAGCGGUGUCAACGGCGCCCAGGAUUCCCCCAAUUAUCACCAUGUCCCCAUGAAGCAUGACUGGACAGGCGUUGGCUCCGUUCAACAUAGUCGAAGCCCGUCCCUGAGCGGACCAACCGUCCACACCCCACGGUCACAGGUGGACUAUCCGUCGUCUGCACCUCCUGAGCCGAGGGCCUUGGCAAGCUACUCGGCAGAAGUCAAAAACUGCGGGCCGACCUGCCCCCUCGACAGCCUUCUCCUCGACUUCCUCCACGAGCGCCGCCAACGCGCGGCCGACGGUCUCUCGACGCAAGAGAUCAUCGGUCCGCGGUACCCCUCGGUCCUCUCGCUGCUCAACCCCGCCAACAACAAGUACUCGCACCCGCUGUCCAAGGUCUUUACUGAUAUCCUUGCCACCUUCCCAGACCUCUCGGCUCUGCCCCAGCGCGUCGCCGUCCUGUACAUCAUGUUUCUCAUCAUGCGCUGGCAGAUCUCUCCGACCCAGGCCAACUACGACCGCCUCCCUGAGUGGGCCCGCCCCCGGCCCUCCCAGCUAUUCACCGAGCACCCGGCCUGGGUAGACCACGUGCCCUUCCCGGCCAUGCGCGAGAAGCUCUGCCGGGACUACAACCCGCGCGACUACCUGUUUGACAACUUCUUUGUGCCGUUCACGACGACCCUGAGCCUGAACUGGCCCUAUGAGGAGACGGAUACUCUGCUGCAGGUGCCGGAUUCGGACGAGGUGCUGAUCAACCCGGUAUUCGAGCGACAUCUUCGGAGGCUGGAAAACUGGACGCUCGGCCAGGCCUUUAAUCAAACAUUCCCAAAGCUCGCGGGCACGUACAACUUGAAGGUGUAA